AUGAGCCCGAUCUCGAAGGCGUCCGAGGCAGUGCGCAAGGUGGGCUUCGCCCUCGCUGCCGCCGCGGCGCUCAACCUCCCGCUGUCGGCGCUGCCGCCGGCGAUGAUGCCGCAAGCCGACGCGGCGCUGAGCGCGGGCGUCACGAACGCCAAGGCCAUCCUGCGCAACGCCCUCCCCAUCAAGAACAAGCCCAUUCGCCAGAUCCAGUAUGAGCUCGAGUCCAUCUCCGAGGCCCUCCGCAUCCCCGGCAGCAAGUCCAUCGGCCCCAUCCGCAAGUCGGUGAACAAGGUCGAGACGAUCCUGAAGAAGCAGCGCAAGGAGAUCGAGGCGUCGCUGGCGGACAGGGACGCCGGUCUCGCGGCGAUCGCGGCGCUUGAGGCGUCGCUCAAGGAGUUCGACGGCGUCAUCGAGCGGGAGGACAAGCAGGAGGUGCCGAUCGCGCAGCAGAAGUGCCUGGCGAGCGUGGGCGACAUCGAGCAGGCCAUGGUCGCCGGGUUCCCGUACGAGGUGCCCUCGGACUACGACAACCUGCCGCAGCUCAAGGGGCGCGCGGAGAUGGAGAUGAAGGUCAAGUUCAAGACGCCCCGGCGCGACGCGACGACGGGCGGGACGAUGAAGAUCGUCGUGGACGGGUACAGCGCGCCGGUGAGCGCGGGCGCGUUCGUGGACCUCGUGGCGCGCAAGUUCUACGACGGCAUGGAGAUCCAGCGCGCGGACGGGUUCGUGGUGCAGUGGGGCGACCCGGACGGCCCGGCCGAGGGCUUCGUGGAGCCGGAGAGCAAGGAGAUUCGCCGCGUGCCGUUUGAGCUGUUGAUCCGGGGGGAGAAGACGCCGACGUACGAGCUGACGCUGGAGGACCUGGGGCGCGCGGACGGGCGCACGGAGCCGGUGCUGCCGUUCAGCGCGUACGGCACGCUCGCGAUGGCGCGCGCGGAGUUCGACAACAACAGCGCGUCGAGCCAGGUGUUUGCGCUGCUCAAGGAGUCGGAGCUGACGCCCACGGGCGCCAACCUGCUCGACGGGCGCUACGCCGUGUUCGGGUACAUCGUCGAGAACAGCGACAUGCUCGUCGACACCAAGGUCGGCGACCUGAUCGAAAACAUCACCAUCACUAGCGGGCUGGAGAACCUUAUCAACUCGGCCGUGACCAAGAAGGCCGCCGCCGCCCCGGCGCCCGCGCCGGCGCCCGAGCCGGCGCCCGAGCCGGAGGCGGCCCCGGCGGAGGCGGCCCCGGCGGAGGCGGCCCCGGCGGAGGCGGAGCCCGCGCCGGCAGCGGAGUAA